CCCUGACAAGGUAAGUGGGGCUGUACAUGGGCACACUUUCCUGCUGUCUGCAGAUUCAAGGCAUCAGGUUUCUUCUGGAUGUUUUUUUCAAUUUGUAUUUUGCAAUAGCAGGUACAGGAAAUGAUGCCACGAGAAAAAAAAAAAGCUCGCUGAGAAGAUGAAGUAACUCUGUAAUUUGCAGGUCUGGGAUCUAGGCACAGAUCUUUUAUCAUUUCCAUGUCUUCUGUGUAGAGUCUUUGUGGUACAUGGGAGAUGCAAAAGAAAGGAGAUGGGGGUGCUUUACCUGUACAAGAACAUGGCUCUUCUAACAACAAGAAAGUUGGAUUUUACAUCAACAUGGGUGUGUCUGGAUUCCAUCAUCUGAGGAGAAAACCUGUCCUGCUUCUGGAUUCCACCUUCUGAGAAGAAAGCCUGUCCUGCUUCUGGAUUCCACUUCCUGAGGGGAAACUUCCCUGCUUCUGGAUUCCACUUCCUGAGGGGAAACUUCCCUGCUUCUGGAUUCCACUUCCUGAGGAAUCCCAGUAGCUAGGCAGCCUCCCUCUUUUCUUUCCUUCCUUCCUUCCACCUCUUCGCUAUGUAGGAAGGGAGAGGCAUCAAUGGAAAGGCUGAAAUACCCGUAGAUGGACUUUCGGAUGCAUUUUUUUCGUGAAAAAGGAAGAUAAAUCCCGCUUGCCAGUGCACUGACUUUUGUUGGUGUUGCAUCGCUUGGUAAAAAUGGGGUUCACUCACUCCAGCUGAAUCCUUGGAGCAUUCCAGAGAGUUGCUGCAGUGAAGGACUUACCGUUAUUUUUUUGCAUCAGAGGAGCUGCAUUGAUGUUAACCAUUAUUUUGUAAAAUGGAGAACGAGAUCUUCACACCCCUUCUGGAGCAGUUCAUGUCGAGCCCUCUUGUCACCUGGGUGAAGACGUUCGGACCGCUGGCUGGAGGAAAUGGGACCAACCUGGAGGAAUAUGUGGCGCUGGUGGAUGGAGUGUAUCUGAACGAAGUCAUGCUGCAAAUCAAUCCAAAGUCUGCUAAUCAGAGGAUAAACAAAAAAGUAAACAAUGAUGCAUCAUUAAGGAUUCAGAAUUUGUCUAUUUUGGUGAAACAAAUAAAAACUUACUAUCAGGAGACUUUGCAGCAGUUGAUCAUGAUGUCUUUGCCAAAUGUGCUAAUAAUUGGCAAAAAUCCUUUUUCUGAGCCGGGUACUGAAGAAGUAAAAAAGCUCCUCCUGCUUUUGCUUGGUUGUGCAGUUCAGUGUCAGAAAAAAGAAGAAUUUAUUGAAAGAAUCCAAAGUCUGGAUUUUGAUACCAGAGCAGCUGUUGCAGCCCAUAUUCAGGAGGUAACUCAUAAUCAGGAAAAUGUGUUUGACCUGCAGUGGAUGGAUGUCAUUGUGCUGACACAAGAGUAUGUUGAGCCUCUCCUGAAAAAUAUGGCAUUGCAUUUAAAAAGGCUUAUAGAUGAAAGAGAUGAGCACUCAGAGACCAUCAUCGAGCUGUCGGAGGAGCGGGACUGUCUCCGGUUCCUGCCGCACGCCUCGGCCGCGCAGUCCCCGUGCGGCUCCCCCGGCAUGAAGCGCACCGAGAGCCGGCAGCACCUGAGCGUCGAGCUCGCCGACGCCAAGGCCAAGAUCAGGAGGCUCAGGCAGGAGCUUGAGGAAAAGACUGAGCAGCUGCUUGACUGCAAACAAGAACUGGAACAGAUGGAAGCUGAACUGAAGAGACUUCAGCAAGAGAACAUGAGCCUGCUGUCGGAUGCCCGCUCUGCCAGGGUGUACCGGGACGAGCUGGACGCGCUGCGCGAGAAGGCGAUCCGCGUGGACAAGCUGGAGAGCGAAGUCAGCCGCUACAAAGAGAGGCUCCAUGACAUCGAGUUCUACAAAGCCAGGGUGGAGGAGUUAAAGGAAGACAAUCAAGUGUUGCUAGAAACCAAGACAAUGUUGGAAGAUCAAUUGGAGGGGACCCGAGCUCGUUCAGAUAAACUGCACGAGUUAGAAAAAGAGAAUUUGCAGCUGAAAGCUAAAUUGCAUGAUAUGGAGAUGGAGCGUGAUAUGGACAGAAAGAAGAUUGAGGAGCUCAUGGAGGAAAAUAUGACCCUAGAAAUGGCUCAGAAACAAAGUAUGGAUGAGUCUUUGCAUCUUGGCUGGGAGCUGGAGCAGAUAAACAGGACUACUGAACUUUCUGAAGUGCCACAGAAAUCACUGGGCCAUGAGGUGAAUGAGCUGACAUCCAGCAGGUUACUGAAGCUGGAAAUGGAAAACCAAAGUUUGCUGAAGACAGUGGAAGAGCUGCAAAGUGCAGUGGGCUCUGUGGAAGGCAGCAGUUCAAGGAUUCUGAAAAUGGAAAAAGAAAACCAAAGACUUAGCAAGAAGCUUGAAGAGCUGGAGAACGAAAUUAGCCAAGAGAAACAAAGUCUUCAGAACAGUCAAAAUCAGAGUAAAGAUUUGAUGAAAGAAAAAGCACAGCUUGAAAAGACACUUGAAGCGCUUCGAGAGAACUCCGAGCGACAAAUUAAACUCUUAGAACAAGAAAAUGAACACUUGAAUCAAACUGUGGCUUCUCUAAGGCAGCGCUCACAAAUCAGUGCUGAGGCAAGAAUGAAAGAAAUUGAGAAGGAAAAUAAAAUCCUCCAUGAGUCUAUCAAAGAAACCAGCAGUAAGUUAAAUAAGAUUGAAUUUGAAAAAAAACAAGUCAGGAAAGAACUGGAGCACUAUAAGGAGAAAGGGGAGAGGGCAGAAGAAUUAGAAAACGAGCUGCAUCGUCUGGAGAAGGAAAAUGAGUUAUUACAGAAGAAAAUCACCAACCUAAAAAUCACUUGUGAGAAGAUCGAGGCCUUAGAACAAGAGAACUCUGACCUGGAGACGGAGAACAGAAAGCUGAAAAAAACCUUGGAUAGCCUGAAAAACCUCACUUUUCAAUUGGAAUCGUUAGAAAAGGAGAAUUCCCAACUGGACGAAGAAAAUUUAGAGUUACGGAGGACAAUCGAAUCCUUGAAGUGUACAAGCAUUAAAGUGGCACAGUUACAGUUAGAAAAUAAGGAGCUGGAGAGUGAAAAGGAGCAGCUCAAAAAAAGCCUUGAGCUGAUGAAAGCCUCUUUUAAGAAGACUGAACGCUUGGAAGUCAGUUACCAAGGCCUGGACACAGAAAACCAAAGGCUGCAGAAAGCCCUGGAAAACAGCAAUAAGAAGAUUCAGCAAUUAGAGAGCGAAUUACAAGAUUUAGAGACUGAAAAUCAAACCCUGCAAAAGAACUUGGAAGAGUUAAAAAUCUCCAGUAAGCGCCUGGAGCAGUUGGAAAAGGAGAAUAAGUUGUUGGAACAAGAGACUUCUCAACUGGAAAAGGAUAAGAAGCAACUGGAAAAGGAAAAUAAAAGGCUUCGACAGCAAGCAGAAAUUAAAGAUAGUACCUUAGAAGAAAAUAAUGUCAAAAUCAGUAAUCUGGAAAGGGAAAAUAAAUCUCUGUUUAAAGAAAUAGUUGUAUAUAAAGAAUCGUCUCUGCGCCUGAAAGAACUGGAAAAGGAAAAUAAGGAACUGGUGAAAAGAGCUACCAUUGAUAAGAAAACCCUGGUCACUUUGAGAGAGGACUUGGUGAAUGAGAAGUUGAAGACUCAACAGAUGAACAAUGAUCUGGAAAAACUGGCCCACGAGCUUGAGAAAAUUGGCUUGAACAAGGAGCGUCUCCUGCACGAUGAGCAGAGCAGUGAUGACAGUAGGUACAAGCUUCUGGAGUCCAAAUUAGAAUCCACGCUCAAGAAGUCUCUGGAAAUAAAAGAAGAAAAGAUUGCUGCUUUGGAGGCUCGUUUGGAAGAAUCAACAAAUCUAAACCAGCAGCUGCGUCAGGAACUGAAAACAGUGAAGAAGAACUAUGAAGCUCUCAAGCAAAGACAAGAAGAGGAAAGGAUGGUUCAGAAUUCUCCUCCAAGAAGUGGAGAAGGAAAUCAGUCUGUCAAUAAGUGGGAGAAAGAAAAUCAGGAGACGACUAGAGAAUUACUGAAAGUUAAAGAUAGAUUAAUCGAGGUGGAGAGGAAUAACGCGACGCUGCAGGCGGAGAAGCAGGCGCUGAAAACGCAGCUCAAGCAGCUCGAGACGCAGAACAACAACCUGCAGGCCCAGAUCCUGGCCCUGCAGAGGCAGACUGUGUCCCUGCAGGAGCAGAACACAACUCUGCAAACUCAGAAUGCCAAGCUGCAGGUCGAGAAUUCCACGCUGAACUCGCAGAGCACGUCGCUGAUGAACCAGAACGCGCAGCUGCUGAUCCAGCAGUCGGCCCUGGAGAGCGAGAACGAGGCGGUGCUGAAGGAGCGCGAGGACCUGAAGGGGCUCUACGAGGCCCUGCUCAAGGACCACGAGCGCCUGGAGCAGCUGCACGAGCGCCAGGCCGCCGAGUACGAGUCCCUCAUCGCCAAGCACGGCAGCCUCAAGUCUGCUCACAAGAACCUGGAGGUUGAGCACAAGGACUUGGAGGAUAGGUACAAUCAAUUGCUGAAACAGAAAGUGCAGCUGGAAGAGCUGGAGAAGGUUCUCAAGACAGAGCAGGACAAAAUGCUGCAGCAGAGUGAGAAGCAUGAAACUGUGGCAGCAGAAUAUAAAAAGCUUCGGGAUGAAAAUGAAAGGCUCACUCACACAUACAGUCAGCUCCUGAGGGAGAAUGAAGUGCUACAGACUGACCACAAGAAUCUGAAAACAUUGUUGAACAAUUCCAAACUGGAGCAAACACGCUUGGAAGCUGAGUUUUCCAAACUCAAGGAACAGUACCAGCAGCUGGAUAUUACAUCAACAAAGCUAAAUAAUCAGUGUGAGCUGCUCAGCCAACUUAAAGGAAACCUGGAGGAGGAAAACAGACACCUGCUGGAUCAAAUCCAGACCUUAAUGCUGCAGAACAGAACGUUACUGGAGCAGAACAUGGAAAGCAAGGAUCUCUUCCAUGUGGAGCAAAGGCAGUACAUUGACAAACUAAAUGAAUUGAGGCGGCAGAAGGAGAAGCUGGAGGAGAAGAUAAUGGAUCAGUAUAAAUUUUAUGAGCCAUCUCCACCAAGAAGACGGGGCAACUGGAUCACCCUGAAGAUGAGGAAGCUGAUCAAGUCCAAGAAGGACGGGAACCGCGAGCGCCUCAAGUCGGUGACGCUGACGCCCACGCGCUCCGAGUCCAGCGAGGGAUUCCUGCAGCUGCCCCACCAGGACAGCCAGGACAGCUCCUCUGUGGGCUCCAACUCCCUGGAGGAUGGGCAGACCCUGGGCACCAAAAAGAGUAGUAUGGGUGCACUGAAAAGACUGCCCUUUUUGAGGAACAGACCGAAGGAAAAAGACAAAAUGAAGGCCUUCUACCGUCGCUCCAUGUCCAUGAAUGACCUGGUGCAGUCCAUGGUCCUGGCAGGAGGACAAUGGACAGGUAGUUCUGAGCAUCUGGAGGGUCCUGAUGAUAUAUCCACGGGUAAAAGGAGGAAGGAAUUGGGAGCUAUGGCCUUCUCUACUACGGCUAUCAACUUUGCCACUGUCAACUCCUCCACAGGCUUCAGAUCCAAGCAGUUGCUAAAUAAUAAAGGUAUAGAUACUACAUCCUUUGAAGAUGUAAGUCCACAAGGUAUUAGUGAUGAUUCUAGUACAGGAUCAAGAGUUCAUGGAGUACAGGACUUUAUCUGUGCAGAUGCUCUUGCUCCUCCUGUCCGUGGCAUUCCAGCCCUGUGCAGGGUUCCCUGUCAGAUCUGUUUGCCCUUUUCCAAAGUGUCCUCUUGGACCGCCUGGAAAUUCCUUCGCUUUCUGAUCUCUUCCAGACCAGCCAGCCUUGAUAGUGGCAGGACAUCCACUAGCAAUAGCAAUAACAAUGCUUCACUCCAUGAAGUCAAAGCAGGCGCAGUGAACAGCCAGAGCAGGCCCCAGAGCCACAGCAGUGGGGAGUUCAGCCUGCUCCACGAGCACGAGGCCUGGUCCAGCAGCAGCAGCAGCCCCAUCCAGUACCUGAAGGGGCACACCAGGUCCAGCCCUGUGCUCCAGCACAGGACGCCCGAGGCACCGGAGAGUCGUGGCAAACAGACCAAAACGGGCUCCCCUGGCAGUGAAGUUGUCACCCUGCAGCAGUUCCUGGAAGAAAGCAACAAGAGUAACUCCAGUGAGAUGAAGUCUGCAAGCGAAGAGAACCUUUUAGAUGAAGUGAUGAGGAGCUUGUCUGAGUCUGCGGAGCUGGCAGGGAGGGAGAAGCUCCGAAAGCAGCCGGCAGCUGGCUGCGGGAUCGUGAGAUCCCUGAGUGUCAGGAACACGGUUGAUUUCUCAGAUGGACGAUCCCUCAAACCAGAGCAGCUGGUGCGGCCCAGCCUCCGGAAGAGUGAAGAUCUCUACUUCAGCAGCUCUCCAAUCAAAUUCACCCCCGGCGCCCAGGGCAAGGCCCGGUCCGUGAAAGAAAAGAUCCAAGCGACUGUGAGCCAGCGACAAUCCAGGGACUGCAACCCCUACGCCACCUUACCUCGUGCCAGCAGCGUGAUUUCCACGGCAGAAGGAACCACCCGAAGGACGAGCAUCCACGAUUUUUUGUCUAAGGACAGUAGGCCGCCCGUGCCCGUGGACGCAGCCCCGGCCGACAGGAGUGCUCCGCCCAGCUCCAGUGAGUACUCGGCACUGCGGGUGUCCUCUCCCUGUGUUCACUGUGUGCCUGCCGGGGGGGAGCGCGGCCCGCAGGGCGAGGCAGCUCCCACGCUCGCGCCGCGCCAUUUAGGAGGUAACUCUGAGCUUGCCAAGCCUUCCAGGAUGGAAAGGCCAGGUUGUCGUGAGAGGACUUUGCCGAGCGCGGGCGUGUUCUGGGAUAAAGCCAGCGGAUCUGGGAAUGGCAGCGCAGGGUCCUUCGCUGCGCCCCAGCCCUUCUUAUCCCUCAACACCGAGUUAGUCAGCAAUAUCAGCGGAUUGCCCCCCAGAGCCGCCUCCAAAGCAGCCGACCAGGCAAACGCGUCGGCGUUUAGGUCGGUGCCGAGGAGCCAGGAACAGCCUUGUGCUGCUCCAAAGGCUCAGGGUGACCCACGGGCAGCUCUGACCCGGGACCCUGUCCCUGCCCCCGGCCCCGGCGAGGCCCAGUCCCCGCUGCUGGUCUCGGAAGAUAACCAGACCCUGUGGUAUGAGUAUGGCUGUGUAUGAAAGUUGUAUCAUUAAAUAUUUACGCCUAACAUGCCAUAAAGGUGUUCUCCAUGCCCACUGGAUGACAGAGGAAGCUUCCCUCCAGUGAAGGAAUCAUUCCUGGUUUAUCCGCGGGGUGGUUGUUCCCUGCGGACGGUGGCUGUGGACCGUGGCAUGUUUGAAUGUGGAAUUGUAACCCCACCAAAGUCUGCAUGAAACAUUAAUUGCACUGUGUAUAUUUUGCAUGCCUUUAUAAUACAAGCUCUAUUUUUAUUUGUCACGCAUUGCAAAUAUUUUGGUGUUCUCCUGUUGGUUACUGCUGCAUGUUGAACCAAGCGCAUGCCCGGAACGGCGCAGGGAACAGCAUUCCUGGGACAAGGACAGCACUGGCAGUGGAGCUCGAGCUCUCAGGGCUAUCAGUAACACACUGAAUAUCUACUGGAGGGAAAAAAAAAAACCUUUUUUCCCCUCUUUUUUCAAAAAUGAGGUACUAAUGGAAAGAAGCAUUUGGAGAGAUCUCAGUGUUUUCUUACCCUUUUCAUUUAUGCUGUGGCAUGGCAUAAAUGCACGAGGAACAAGUGCCCAGUAAUGCAAAUAAUUCAGUGCCUCUAGUUUGCAUAGUAAAUAUUAGUUACUGUCCAUACUGAGUAAUAAACACACAGACCAUUCAUAAUCCUGAGCAGAAAUGAUAAUUCCUACCAAGAGGUGAUAAAUAGUCCCAUGAUACACAGCACUUGUCAUGAAAAAAUGACCUUUUCCACCUUUUCCCUUCGGUCUGCUUUGUCUUUCCAGUCAUGGGUACAACUGUGGUGAAGUGUUUGGUUUUAUCAGGGGUCAAGUAACAGGCUCCUCAUGAUGCAUAGGAAUUAAAAACUGUCUUGAGUAUGGUGGAAAUUCAUUUUUUCUUGUCAAUGGAAGUACCACUGAUGUAACAGAAAACAAAUGGUGUAACAAAAUAACAGAAAAUGUUAAAUUAAUGCAGUUAAAUAAAAGAAAAAAAUAUCAAAGUUGCCUGCAAGGUCAUGGGAGGAUAUGAAUCCUUCAGCAAAUAACUCCUUAAAUUCCAGAUGAGCAGCUAAAGAGAAAUGUUGAAAAGUAGUUAGUUAAUGUGCCACUAUCUCUGCAUGUGCUUGAAACUUCACAAUGGUUAAUUUAAACAGUUUAAAAUUGUAUCAGAUUUAAGUUAAAAUUACACUAGGUUUUCCACCUGAGCACUUCUUUGCAAGAGGACGUUGGUUAUGCCAGUUGUGGGAGCUAAAAGACAUUAUAAAAAAUGGAAUGACAGUAUAGGUAAAGAAAAAAUAAUUAAAAUUGGAAAUGUAUAUUGAAAACAACAAGUGUCACAUUCUGUUUUGUGCAAAUGCAUUUUUUCUGCCAGCAGUUUUGUGGCAGGCACAGAACCACUGUGUGGGCUGAACUUUUAACUCCUGAGUGCUUAAUUAGGGAGGGGCAGUGAAUCCAUAGCUGCCCAAGGAAGAGCAGCAGAUAUGCGUGUGGGAGUCUGGAAGGGCUCUGUUUAUAUGGGAUGGGAAGCCCUGCAGUUCAGGAACAAGGGGAGGGUAUUGAAUAUCUGUGGAGAAUAAAAUGAUUGUUAGAGGAUGUGACACAGUCCUUCCCCAGGUCUGCGCCAUUCGUGGUUACUGGGCUGAUAAAUCUCUCACUUCUCCCAGUGCUGGGCACAGUCAGUUAUUGCUGUGUUCCCUCUGGAGCUAUCUCAGCAGCAAAAGAACGAGAAAUCUGAGCUGUAGAAUCUCAAUUUCACACACAUUUACUGUCACAGAGCAAGACCAGUGUUCUGGUCUUGGGUCACGCAUUUGACUUCCGUUCAUUUGUAGUUGUGUUGGGAUUAGGUUGGAGGUGAAGAGCACCAGCAUCCCAGGUGAUGUGUGCACAAGGCAUUUUGCAAGUUGUUUAAAGAAUUACAAUCCCAGCUCUCAGUGCCCCUAAUACAAACUCAUCCUGUGCUGCCAGGGUCUGGCUCUUCUUCCCUGUGCCCUGCAGAGACACUGGUCAGAACAAGCUGCUUUAGGUCAGCUCUGGCUGCAGAAGCCUUGGGUGUGGUGUUGCCUCCUCCUCUUGCUUAGGUUCUUAGACAGUCACACCUUCAAAAACUUCCAGUAUUGUCCUCAGCUUCCCUCUUAAACCCCAAAGGCUUUGGAAGUGCCAGGCAUGAGUGUCCUGCAGCACUGGUGUCUCCAGCCUGCUGGAGUUGGAGGCUAACCUUGUCCAGCUCAAGCCACUCUGCACUGAUUUAUAAAUUUGCAAGGAAUUGCAUUUCAGUUCUGAGGAUUACAGUUUGUUUUGCUCCUCUGAGUUCAGCAGCAGCAGAAUGUUCUGCAAGAGAGUGUUUAAUGGCUCUGAAUAAUGUCUUAUCAACGUUUGUUUGUUACAUAUGAAAAAAGAAUGUUGUCAUGGACAGAAGGAUCUCAUUUUUCUUCGUCACUUUUCGGUCUUUGACAAAAAGUUCAGGAUGUCUGUCUAUGUUCAAAUAGUGGAAGGUUCCCUGGGAUUCUUUCCAUUUCCAGUCCCUGCUGCUCCUCAGCCACGUGUGCACGGCAGGAUGGAACCCUUGCUCAUUCCUUGGUUCCUGCUGCCUUGGGCUGUGCUAAGUUAGGACUUUGCAUGGUACUGAUCAACACUAAAUACGUGGCUGCUGCCCAGAAAGGUUUUGUUGUUCAGGCUCAGCCGUUUGCUCACAGUUGAGGUUUGCCUGGCUCGGGGGUUGCUUGAUGCUUUGCUUCCAGUGACUGGUGAAUCCAGACACUGCGUUUUGCAUGUUCGAGCUGUUGCAUGCAAAGACAGUCUUGUGGUUUGUGGAGCUGAAUGUGAACGUUCCUGUCGGUGUGCAGCAGGUCCAAACACAAUGAAGGAAGUUCUCUGCUAGGGUCAGUCAGCUGUGAUUGCACCUCAUUACUGCUUUUUAUUUCCAUUCAUGCAGAAAUGUAGGGCUGGUGUAGCUAAAGGUGACACGUAUCUGACUGUGGCUUUAGGAAUGACACCUGGCUGUUGUAAAUGCUGAGAUGAAUGUCAGUGAGUGUAGCUGAGCAGGCACUUGCAGCGAGUUCCUUCUGUCCCUCUCCUCUGUCCUUUCCUCCUAAAAACAACCAGAAAGCGUUGAUGUAUCCUUUUGCUCUCCUGAUGAGUAGAAUGUGUUUUAAUGCAUGAGGGGUUUAUUUCAUGUCCUGAUAAACACAAUGAAUAACCUGAAAUGCUUUUCUCUGCAGAUGUGGAAGCUAUCCCAGAAAGCAGAAAUUCAAAAAGCAGGUCUAGGGAGCAACAAAGCUCCUAAUUCUAUUACCCACUACCUGAGCUGUGGGCCAAGUGGUGAGUUUCCUGCCCAACCUGUAAAUGAGAUGAAUUUCAUUUACAACAAACUAACAGCAUUCCAUCUCAGCCCCAGAGCACACUGCAUUAACCAGAUGUAAAUCCUGCUUGCUUACCUGGCUUCUCUCGCGCUCACUUGUUAGCCUGGGGCCGGUAGCUCUCCAGAGCUUCUUCCAGAGGCAGGGAACCUCAAUCCUGCUCAGCCUUUUGCCUGUAAAAACGACAUUUAUUUUUAUUUUUCCAAUCCCCUGAAGAAGAAAGUUCAAAGAAAUCCCAUUUAAGAAAUAUUACUGUAGUCAGUUUUUAGACAGGGACAGGUAAAUCUGAAAGAACGGUUGAACAAAACUCAAGAGUAUUCAGUACCCCACGGAAUCUGUCUUUUUAUAAAGCUUGUUUUUGGUGUUCUGUCCUCUUCUCGACUUCCCUGAGCCCCUUUGGUGCAUGCUGUUAGUGCUGUUAGUGACUGAACUCUGUGUGUUGUGCCUCUACACUUGAAGCUUUUUCUUACACUCUUUUCUCUUUCUGCCUUUCGACUGAACACAGAGAGAAAAGUGUCCUUCAGUAUCUCAGUGUGAAGCCUUUAUAUCUGAAGUAACAAGACAGCGACUGUAGGAAUCAUUAAUAAAAAUUAAGGGAAUUUUUUUACAUUCUUCGUGACUAGAGCAGGCAAGAAAUAAAAACCUACCUACCUACCUUCCUUCCUUGAAUCAAGGAGCUCUACUGGAGUCUACUGCCGAAAAUGUGUAGAUGGUCUUAGGAAUUAUUGCACAUUGCACUGUUAAGAUCUACUGAAUAAAGGACAGUUCUCAUCUCCCUAAGGACCAAGGAUUUUAAGGUCUCAAGAAUUACUCCAGGGGAAAAAAAAAAAAAAAACAAAACAAAACUUCUUUCAUCUUCUGUUUUUGAAAUUAGCCACUGAUUUGCUUAAGCUUCUGCUAAUAAUUAGCCAACCCCCCCCCAAAACUAGCAGUUUCUAUUUACGUCUGUAAAUGUAAAGGAAAUGCUGUAGAAUUUUGUUGAAAUGGACUGUAUAUACAGAUACAAAAACCUCACAGCUAUUGGCACUUCACGGCCUUAUUUGGUUAGCAUAAUCUGCAUGAAAUUGCUCUUAAGAAAGUUUAUGCUGAUUUUUGUUGCAUACUGCGAGAGAAAAAUUUGUUUACAUCCAUGGAAAAGCUUGGUAACUAACAGAAGUGGGAGUCAUGGGAUAAUGGUGUUAUAGAGACAUUGUUUGUCCUUUGUGUUUUUCACAUUCCCCAGUUACUCUGCAUAUGUAUGUUCAGAUGUUUCUGACAGGAAAUUGUCAGGUAUGGUUUUUCUAUAACUUUUAUUUUAAUAUAAGGCUGUUUUCCACAAAUGCCAUUUCCAGGAUAAGACUGUCUUACGAUGUUUGUGUAUUGACUAAUUUUAUUAUUUUUUUUUACCUUUUGUCUUUUGACAUGAGCUGAUUGUGGCUUGGGAGGUUUCUUAAUGGCAAAAAGAAAUGUAAAUAAUAUCAUAUGCAUUUUACAAUCAGUUCCCUCUACGGUUAUCUUUUACUAGAUACAGUUUGUUCAUUAUUGAUUUAUAUUAAAGUCAACAAACAUUAUUGGUACAUUUGGUGGUCGCAUAUGUUUGUCUGGAAAGAUUUGCAGCGAGCUCAGAGGAAGUUGAUGGGAACUGAAACCCAAAACGAGUUGUUCUGUUUUAUUAAAGCCAGUAAGCACAUUCCUGUUCCUCAUGUAAAGGGCUGAGUUCCCUGUGUCACCUCCGAGUGUCCAGCAGGCAGGUGCAUAAUGUCACCUGCAGCUUCCUCAGAAGGUGAGCCCCACUGCUGAAGGCAGUUCAACAGAUUCAGAAGCUUGAAAUCUUCUCAAAAAGGGCAAGAAAGAGGCGUGCGCAAUAAGCUUUAGAAGGGGAAACUUUCUGUUUGUUUUCUUAAAAACGAGCUUCUUCUGAAAUUUUCUUUGUGAUAAAAUGGGCUAAAAGAUCUGUGCUAAGGGCGUAGCGGGUGUGACAGACAAUUCAAAGGCCAUAAAGAUCAGGAAAAUCUCUCUUCACUCUGAAUGACAGCGUGUUCAAGCUCAUUUCAGGGCCUGUGCCUGGGUUCUCCUCGCUCUCUGCUGACAGAGGACUGAUGCAGCUCAAACCCCCCAACCAGAGCCAUUUGUCACGUUACUGUUACAGAAAAAUGCGUGGCUUGAACCAGGAGAUAGAAACUGCAGUGCCAAAUGCGGCCAGGAUCUGAGCUGGGUGGCUGUGUCUGGGGACACUCACUGUCACUGCCAUGACUCUGGCACACGCUCCUGUGUGUGGAGCACUGCUGGGCACGUGUGAGUGCCCUCAGCCUGGCUGGAUGUGUCCCUUCCAUCACACACAUCCCCUCCUGCUCAGCUCUCCUCAAGCUGCCUGCUUUGCUUUGCAGAGAAGUCCCCUGGCACUCGAGCAGUCAGGUGGCUCUCUGUGCUCUGCCAAUUCCCCUUUCCUUCUUCCUUUCUCAACCUUCCCAGUGUGUGCCCUUCAAGGGAAAUAAAAAGCCAAAUUGAACCUGGGAGCGGCUUCUCAGUUCCUGCUGCUCCCAAUGCCAGGGAUGCACGUGGCAGCUUUGUCCCCCAAACGUUGAAUCCCAAACCCAGCACUGCCAGUUCCAGGUUACAGAGGAGGUUCUCAUGCCAUACAGUGUGUAUGUUCUAUUUACUUUUCUGAUAGUCUCUGAGGAUUUAGUAACAUUCCCAACAUCUACUAUUAUUAUGAUUUCUAAAUUUUGUCCAGGACAUGAUGCAGCCUAACAAAGGAGCUCAUGUGUGAUUUUUAGGGGUAGCUGAUGAUGUAUAUGUAAAUAAUGCUUUGAUAUUAAUAAAACUGCCUUAAAGGAAUGUACCGAGGUGUGAAACGGAACUUAAAAAGCUCUUAUUUAAAACUGUAAUUUCCUUUACAUAUUGAUUUUUUUAAUGUUUGCCAUUGUAUACAUUUAUUAAUGAUGUUAUUAAAAUGCCAAACCAAAUAAUUUUUAUUCUUACUUUGUGUGUAUAUUUAUGCACACUUUUUUUCUGGAAACUGGUGUUACUGGAAGGGUGUUGGUGUCGUGGUGAUGUGUGCAGUGAGUAUUUCUUCUGGAAGGAAACUGAUAAAACUGUAGCAGAAUUUUUCUGGACCAUGUGUAGUUUGUUCUGUGUGAUUUGUGUAGAGCUGGGUAGCUUUUAACUGUACACUAUUUUGAUACUAUUAUUAAAAAAAAA